AUGUCUUACAACUCCAAUACCUCUGCUGCUGCUGCCACAGCGAACCAGGCACUCAUUGUUCUUCUGGACACGUUGAACGAAUUGGUUCAACAGGUGCUCUGCUCUCAGUCAGAAGAGGAUAAAAUGAGAUUGAGCCGCACCAUUGCUUUUCAAUUGAACAAUGCAGUCCGUUCCCACCUCACGCUUGCCACCUACAUCCCCCUUCGCCUGCUGUCGAUGGCAGCUGAGGUCCAUCGCGCUCAAAGGGGUACUGCACAACUGGUGCAAGUGCCGGAUUGGAGUCGGGUCGGGAACAACGAGGACAUUUGCCGGGGUCAUCCCUUAUACCCAAAGACACUCGGUCCGUUGCCUACUGUCACAAUUCCUGCUGGCCCAUCCUCUGCUCCUGCACCAGCAGGCCCAUCUUCUGCUCCUGCACCGGCAGGCCCAUCCUCUGCUCCUGCACCGGCAGGCCUAUCUUCUGCUCCUGCACCGGCAGGCCUAUUCUCUGCUCAUGCACUGGCAGGUUCAUCCUCUGCUCCUGCACCGGCAGGCCCAUCAUCAGCUCCUGCACCGGCUGGCCCAUCCUCUGCGCCUGCACCGGCAGGCCCAUCUGUACCUCAACCAGCAGGCCCAAGUACACCGGCACCGGCAGGUUCAACAUCUUCACCAGCACCAGCACAAACCUCGGUGCCACCAAUCGCCACUUUGCCGGGUCCCAGUAUUGUCAUCAAGAUCCCAGGUGGUGCAAUUUCCGGCCCAUCAAAACAUCGCAAACGACAAUUUAGCGUCAGCCCCCCACGUCCGGUCAAGAGGGCAAGGAAAAUAGUCAAGUCCAAGCGAAUCUUGAGUGACACUGACACUGACAGCGAUGGAGUUCGCAUCGAAAAAGGACAUGAUCAGGUAAAGGGCAAAGGAAAGGCAAGGGCGAGGUCACCAUCAUCGGAUGACGAUGCCCAGGAAAUAAGGAUGAAAGAUGCCACUCCUGAUCCAGAAGUCAAGCCACGGCAGCCGACACAACAUCCGCUCAAAAAGGCAAGACCGGUUGUCGACAUCCCGACUCGGCUGAUGCCACCUUCGAAAACCAGAAACAAGGCAGCCGACCACGCAGAAUACGAGCCGGAGGAAGAUGUCGAGUCUAUUGGCGACAAACAAAAGCCACGUCUUGACCAGGUCAAAGACAUGAAACCGUCUAUGUUAGAUGCCCAGCAUGUAGGAACAGACAAGGACAAGAAGGGGAAGCGUCCACAGCCAGUGAGACGUCCUGCCAUUGCCAUCCGGACAGAUCAUACUCAUACUCAUCCUUCACAGCAACCCAUCGGUUCAUCUCAUCGACCGUUGUCUUGUUACUUAAGGGUCUUAUAUGAAAGUUGUGUAUAAUGA